AUUAAUUCUGCAAAGAAACAGAUUUUCUUUAAUGGUGAUCCCAAACAAGUCCUCGUUUCUUUGGGAGAUCCCAAACAGUCUAGGCUCCGAGCCAUUAAAAUCUAUAUAAAGUCGCACGAGAGACGAGUGGGUUAAAAGCUAGCCUUUGGUUCUCUCUCUCUCUCUCUAAAAAGCCUAAAAACCUGAACGCUGAACCCUUCCUUUUCGUUUAAAAAGCCUAAAAACCUGAACGCUGAACCCUUCCCUUUGUUUGUCCUGCCUCUUCUCUCCACCGUCUGAAGCCACAGAUCCUGCUCGCAGUCGCCGCCAUUAGUAACCCUCGCUUUAUAUGUCUGCAGUCUCAUUAGCCACACCGUUUAUAUAAUUGAAAAAAAAACGAGAGAUGGGUGACUUUUUCCUUCUAAAUCUUCUUUACACUUCGAUUUACAACUUUCGUCCUUCACCUGUUAUAUGCACAUAAUAAAGUCUUCACCAAUUAACAGACCCCAGCUUUUCUCAUCUCAGACAUCUCUCCAGAAACACAAAGUAGUGAAAUUUAAUAACCCAGUUGUUCUUCCACUUUCUUGAAACCAAGAACUUUCUCUUCUCUCUGAAUCAGAGGUGGGUUUUCUUUAUUUCCUCUGAAUCUUCCGCUGUCUCUCUAGAAUCACUGCGUUUUGAUUCGGGAGUUUGCAACUCAGGUGGCAUUUGAGGGCUGCUCGUUCUCAGAACUCAGAAGUCGUCUCUUCUACGUCGAAGAUGGAUGACAAAGAAUCAGAUUACUCACUGAAGAAGCCCCCAUCAGCUACCCAGGUGAUAGAAGAGCUGAAAGAGCUAUGGAGCAUGGCCUUUCCGAUAACGGCGAUGAAUUGCGUAGUCUACAUUCGAGCCAUGGUGUCUGUUCUCUUCUUGGGUCGACUAGGAAGCUUAGAACUUGCAGGAGGAGCUCUGUCAAUCGGCUUCACCAACAUUACAGGGUACUCUGUUCUGUUCGGCCUAGCAUCUGGGCUGGAACCAGUAUGCAGCCAAGCCUACGGAAGCAAGAACAGGGACCUGAUCUCGCUCUCUCUGCAACGAACAAUCCUAAUCCUUCUGAUUGCGAGCAUACCCAUCAGCUUCCUGUGGAUGAAUUUGGAAGCAAUCAUGGUGUUCAUGGGCCAAGACAGAGAAAUCACAGCAAUGGCCGCGACAUACUGUUUAUACUCUCUUCCUGACCUGAUAACAAACACUUUUCUGCAGCCUUUACGAGUGUAUCUGAGGUCUCAAGGAGUGACAAAGCCGAUGAUGUACUGCUCUCUGAUCGCGGUGUUGUUUCACGUACCCUUAAAUAUUGUGUUGGUGGUGGUGAUGAAGCUUGGCGUUCCAGGGGUGGCCAUGGCUUCAGUGCUCACCAACAUGAAUAUGCUUCUUUUGAUCACUGGCUACGUGUACGUAACUGGGGUCUGUGAGACUAGAUGGACGGCUGGGAUUGGAGUUGUCUGUGGUGGGUUGGGCCCGCUUCUUCGUCUGGCCGUGCCUAGCUGCCUGGGGAUUUGUUUGGAGUGGUGGUGGUACGAGAUCAUGACCGUUCUUUCUGGAUACUUGCCUAAUCCUAGGCUGGCUGUGGCCUCCACUGCUAUUCUCAUUCAGACCACAAGCCUCAUGUACACUGUUCCGAUGGCUUUGGCCGCCUGUGUCUCCACCAGAGUAGGGAACGAAUUAGGAGCAGGGAAGCCAUACAAAGCGAAGCUGGCGGCACUGGUGGCGCUGGGAUGUGCGUUCGUGAUUGGGAUGAUCAACGUCACAUGGACGGCCAUUCUUCGAGAGAUAUGGGCAAGUCUCUUCACUACAGAUGGGGCGGUCCGACUCUUGGUGUCUGCAGUUAUGCCCAUCAUGGGGCUGUGUGAGCUGGGCAACUGUCCACAGACUACAGGCUGUGGCAUUUUACGUGGCACAGCAAGGCCGGCCACAGGCGCUAGAAUCAACCUUGGGUCCUUCUAUUGCAUUGGGACGCCCGUCGCUGUGGCUCUGGCCUUCUGGUUCAAGGUUGGUUUUAGUGGCCUUUGGUAUGGGCUUUUGUCAGCUCAAGCUGCUUGUGCUGUGUCCAUUCUGUUUGUCGUCUUAAUACGAACGGAUUGGGAAGCAGAAGCCUUGCGCGCUAAGAAGCUCACUAGCUUGGAAAUGUCUGAUUCUGGUGGGGCUGCUAAUGGAGAUAAAGAGGCAAAAGGGUUUCUGGUCGGUGAUAUGGACGAUGUUUUAUAAAAUGAAAAAGGAAGAAAAAAACUGAUUUCCUUUAGCCAGAGAGAGAGAGAGAGAUGGGUUAGGGUUUUUUUUGGUUUUGUGAUUGGCUAAAGCUAAAGCUGGAAUUAUAUUGAAGACUGGAGCUUUGGUUUUCUUUUUGUUUCUUCAGUUGCUUCUUUUAAUUUGGAGCAGUCUGUCCCCUCUUUGUCUUGCCUUGCUUUUCAUGGCUGUCUAUCAUUGAAACUGCUGGAAA